UCCUAUCCACCCAACCCCCUCUCUCGCUGAGGAGCAAUUGACGCCCAGGUAGACAUUACUAUCACAUACACACAUAGCACUUAACCCACUCUAGUUUGCAGAGGAGGAAGCGGGGGGAAAAAGACUGUUGCUGCUGCUGGUGGUACCUUUUGUCUGGAUAUCUAACCUGAGUGACCUGGAGAGCUAACAACACCUGUGUGAGCUUCACUGGAGAAUGUAGCUGCAGAUCUCCAGCCAAGCCACAGGAAACACGCCACCAUGGGAGAAGCUCAAAAGGGCUUACUCUCUGUCAUCGAGAAACUGAAGGGAUCCACAGAGCAGGAGGUCAGGAUAGUGCUGCUGGGGUUGGACAACGCCGGCAAGACCACCCUGCUGAAGACCCUCGCCUCUGAGGAUGUGAACACCAUCACACCGACACAGGGCUUCAACAUAAAGAGUGUUGCCUCUCAUGGCAUGAAACUCAACGUUUGGGACAUUGGAGGGCAGAGGAAGAUCAGAUCCUUCUGGAAAAAGUACCUGGAAAACACAGACCUAUUGAUUUAUGUUAUUGACAGUGCAGACAAGAAGCGGUUUGAGGAGACGGGACUGGAGCUGUCCGAUCUGAUUGACGAGGAGAACCUAAAGGGCGUUCCGGUGCUCAUCUUUGCCAAUAAGCAGGAUCUGGCCACAGCAUCGCCGGCCAGUGAGAUCGCCGAGGGACUCAACCUGCACACGUACCGGGACCGGGAGUGGCAGAUCCAGGCCUGCUCAGCUGUGUCUGGGGAGGGAGUUCAGGACGGCAUGAACUGGAUUUGCAACAACAUUGUGAACAAGAAGAAGUGACAGAACCAGCAUCACAUAAGGGAUUAAGGAGUCACUUCUGUUAACAUCAACACACUUCACCUCUAUGACAGAUCCUGCUCCCGUCACAGAUUGGACUUUUGUUUUUACAAUUUGUCUAAUUUUUAUGCAAAUGUAGCUAAUUUAAAGAAAUAUUUUAGCUACAAUAAGUGAAUUAGGCACUUAUUAAUCAUUGUUCUGUCCUCAAUAAAUGUAUGUUUUUUGUCCCCGUUGUCCCGAGGAUCCUCGUCCGGUGAAUCUGUUCUCAGACACCGAGAGGCUGAGUGUGUAGCCGUGUAGGGGGUUCGUCAGUUACAUAGACACCAGUUCAGUGUGAGUGUAAAGAAUGUGUUUUGAGAUUUUUUGACAAUAAAAUAAUUAGUCAUUUC